CCGGGACCAGCCGGGCCGAGCCGAGCCAGCCAUGGCCCAGCCGCGCUGCCGCUCCGUGCUCAUCACCGGCUGCAGCCGCGGCAUCGGGCUGGGGCUGGUGCGGGGGCUCGCGGCCGCCACCCCCUCCCCAGACUUCGUCCUGGCGACCUGCCGGGACCCCGAGAAGGCGCAGGAACUCCAGCAGCUUAGCAAGCAGUACAGCAAUGUCAAGCUCCUCCAAUUGGAUGUGGUCUGUGAAAACAGCAUCAAGAAAGUAGUCAAGGAAGUGGAAGAAAUCGUGGGGGACAAAGGGCUGAACUGCCUCAUCAACAACGCCGGCAUCAACGUGCUCGCCUCCUUGGAAGAGGUCACGGCAGAGACGAUGCUCACCAUCUAUGAAACCAACACUGUUGCCCAGCUGAUGGUCACCAAGGCGUUCUUACCCCUCCUGAGGAAGGCAGCCCAGCUGAGCACAGGAAUGGGCUGCCACAGAGCUGCUAUUAUCAACAUGUCCUCUCUCGCUGCCUCCAUGCAGCUCGUCCAGGCAAAUGAGAUGUUCCUCAAGGUCUAUCCCUACAGGAUAGCCAAGACUGCACUGAACAUGAUCACCAGGUGUCUUGCUGCAGACUUGAAAUCGGAUGGAAUUCUCUGUAUUUCUUUGCAUCCAGGCUGGCUCCAGACAGACAUGGGUGGAAACAUGGCUCCCAUGCAGGUGCAAGAGGCUAUCCCAGGUAUUCUCUCUGUUCUGGACCGUCUUGGUGAAAAAGAGAAUGGUUCCUUCCUGGACUGGCAAGGGGAAACUCUACCAUGGUAGAAGUGCACAGGUUACUACAGAAGCAGCACGUCAGCCACACUCUAACCUCUCAUGUCUGUGUCUCUGGGGUUUUCUCACACACUAGUUGAAGUAGCCAGUCUGAUAUCCAGCCUCUCUAGGUGUCUUUGAAAAAUGAAGUGGCUGACUCUCUCACUCGAUAUUGCUACUGCUCUGUUCUAAUGCUUCCUGCAAACACUACUGUGCUCUUGGUGGUGGUGGGUAUCUCCUGGAACCGUCUGAAAUGGAUUAAAACCUGCGAGUUAAAUCCAGGGGCUGGUUCCUCUUCACUUCUGAAACCAAAGCGGGCCUCUUGCUCUCUGCAGAGUUAAAUGACCUGACCUCAGAGCAAGGCCAGUGUAGGCUGUCAGAUCCCAGGAUGCUCAGUCUGCUGGAGACAUGUCUCCAGGAAAAAGGUCCUUUGGUUUCCUUUGGUCCUAACUGAGCCAAGGCUGAAAGUGCCCAGCUCUAAACCAUGUGAAUUUGGUACUUCUGUAAAUUCCUUGGCAAACUGUCCCCAGGUUGACAGCAUACACCAGGCAUUGCUUCGUUCCCAGCGGGUGACUAACAUCCUGAUAUGGGGGUGGGAAUGUUGUUUUGUACAUAAACUUCUGAAGUGUCUUCAAUAAAGUCUUGUUUAAAAAACCAGUCU